AUGGAUCGAAUCAGCGAGUUAUCAGAUGAGUUGCUGAUUGAGAUCCUAUCGCGUUUUCCAACAAAAGAUGCCAUCUCCACUUGCAAGCUGUCGAAACGAUGGAAGUGUCUCUGGAUAGCUCCGGUUAUCCAAAGCUUCCGUCUGAACAUAUCAGUUCCACGUGCUAUAACUGAAGACGUCAAGACAUGGCUUGCGAUCGCAACUUCUCGCUCCCUCCGCGAGCUUGAUGUAUCUUAUUGUUGUUAUCCGAUAAAGCCAGGCAAAACUCGUUAUGAUCCUCCGGGGAAGCAUGGCAUAUUGCCGCUUAGCUUGUAUGCCUGCAGAUCUCUCGUGGUCUUGAAACUCAGUGGCCAUAUUCUCAUGAAUGUUCCUCGUCGUAUGGUUUGUCUUCCUUCCCUGAAAACUUUGCAGCUUCGAGAAGUGAGUGGCUUACAUGGAAAAUCUCUUGGACGGCUUCUGUCUAUUUGUCCCGUUAUUGAAAACCUAUUGGUGGAUUUUAGUGAUAGGUUAGAGAUUGAUACUCCUUCUUUGAAGUAUUUGAGACUUGAGGACGGUAAUGAUGAGAAUGAGUCAUGUUUGAUUGAGAACAUGCCUGAGCUGGAAGAGGCAUAUGUAGAUGUUAGAUACCCUGAUAUCCAGAGUCUUGUGGGAUCAAUCCAAUCUGUCAAGCAUCUCACAAUAUGUUCAAAGGCUCUGUAUGGUGACGGUUUUGUCUUCAGACACCUUGAAGAGUUGAAGCUAUGUGAUUGCUCUGAGUGUUCGUCUAUGCUGCUUUCUCGGUUGCUCACAGAUUCUCCUAACUUGCGAGUUCUCAACAUCUUUCAAAUGAGAAGGCAUGACGACAAAGAUAUGGUUCUAUGGAAUCGACCUAGUCAUGUUCCUGCAUGUUUUGAGUCGAGCCUAGAGACUUUCAUCUGGUCAGGAUACUUGGGAAGACAACAAGAGAGGAAGAUCGCGGUUUACAUCUUGAAACGGGAUUUUCUCCUAAAGACUGCAAGAAUCUCAUAUGUUGUUAACAGUAUUCUGAAACUUAAGAUGCUUAAGGACUUUGCAGAGUCUUCACGAGCAUCGUCGAAAUGCAAACUCUUUUUUGAUUAA